AUGAGCUCCUACUUUGUCAACCCCCUGUUCUCCAAAUACAAAGGCGGUGAGUCCUUGGAACCGGCGUAUUACGACUGCCGGUUCCCUCAAAGUGUGGGUAGGAGCCAUGCCUUAGUAUACGGCCCGGGCAGCACGGCGCCCAGCUUCCAGCACGCCUCGCACCACGUCCAAGACUUCUUCCACCACGGGACUUCAAGCAUCUCCAACUCCGGUUACCAGCAGAACCCGUGUUCCCUCAGCUGCCACGGAGACGCCUCCAAAUUCUAUGGCUACGAGGCGCUCCCCAGACAGCCCCUUUAUGGGGCUCAGCAAGAGGCGAGCGUCGUGCAAUAUCCCGACUGUAAAUCCUCCGCCAACAGUAACAGUAACGAAGGACAAGGGCACCUAAAUCAAAACUCGUCUCCCAGUCUCAUGUUUCCAUGGAUGAGACCCCACGCUCCCGGGCGGCGCAGCGGACGACAAACUUACAGCCGGUAUCAGACCUUGGAACUAGAAAAGGAGUUUCUCUUUAAUCCAUAUUUGACACGAAAGCGACGGAUUGAGGUCUCUCACGCUCUGGGACUGACUGAAAGGCAAGUGAAGAUUUGGUUCCAGAACCGUAGGAUGAAGUGGAAAAAGGAGAACAACAAGGAUAAACUUCCUGGAGCCCGAGAUGAGGAGAAAACAGAAGAAGAAGGGAACGAGGAAGAGGAGAAAGAAGAGGAAGAAAAAGAGGAGAACAAGGACUGAAAGGGGGGAAAGAUUUUUUUUUUCUUUUAGCAACUCCCUUGAAGUUUCGUUUUAUGGUAGAGGAUAAAUUGAGAAGUUUACGACUGUCAUUCGCUUUUAUAGAGAAUAGAAUGAGACUCACAACUGUAACUACCUGUCA